AUGACUUCUCUUCUGAAAUUAGCCAAGUCCAUUAUACGAAGAGCCCCCUCGCCUGCACGUUGUUUUCCAAAAAGUGGAUUUGAAACAAUCAAUGCGUCUAUAAUCCUCGAAGAAGAAAGAUUCGAACAGUUCAAGAAAGGGUGCUAUUAUCCUGUUAAUAUUGGUGACGUCUUGGGAUCUAAAUACCAAGUAAUCGGCAAGCUUGGUUUCGGAGUCACUUCUACAGUAUGGCUCGCUCGUGAUCUUGAGGGCCAUCGAUAUGUCACAUUGAAGGUGUAUACACGCGAUGAAACUGGCCAGGAGGAGUUCCAAAUCUAUAAACAUCUGAGCCAGGGCAAUCCGUCACACCCUGGCUUUGCGCACAGGCCUAUGUGGGAGAGUUUCAGGGAUCUUCUGUAUCGAAAUCCCGAGCAUCGCUUUACUGAAGUUCUUCUGAAGGCCAGCCUUGUUCAGAUCUUCCUUGCACUUGAUUAUAUUCACACCCAAUGCAAGCUCGUUCAUACCGACAUUAAGAGUGACAACAUCCUCCAGGAAAUAGAAGACCCGUCAAUCCUAGAUCGUUUUUGUGAAACCGAAAUGGAACAUCCUUCGCCACGAAAAUUCGUCAAUGAUAUGCCGGUAUAUGCUUCCCGACGUCUGGAAUUGCCUAAAAGAUUUGGCAAAGCGGUUCUCAGUGAUUUUGGUUCAGCUGUAGGGGGUGAUGAAAAGAGAAACCAUGAUGCUCAGCCCAACGUUUACAGAUCUCCGGAAGUGAUGUUGAAAACCGAGUGGAGCUAUCCUAUUGAUAUUUGGAAUGUCGGAGUCAUGGUGUGGGAUUUAUUCGAGGGCAAACACAUGUUCAAUGGCAACGACCCAGAUGGCAAGGGGUAUUCCACCAGGGCACACCUUGCUGAAGUUAUUGGGGUCUUAGGUCCCCCUCCAUUGUCCCUGGUGAAGAGUGGAAGACGAAGUCAUGAGUUUUUCACUGAAGAUGGACACUGGAGAAAUGAGAUUGAAGUACCAGGAAACAUUUCGUUGGAAAACUCGGAAGAAUUCCUUAGCGGACGAAAUAAAGAGAUGUUCUUAAAGUUCAUAAAGGGAAUGCUUCAAUGGCGACCAGAGGAUAGAAAGACAGCCAAGGAACUACUGCAGGAUCCGUGGCUCAAUGACCACUCAUUCUGA